ACUUUGGAUUAAGUUAUAAGGAUAGGUGAUAGGACAUCGAGGGGACGUGGUUGCGGCCGGCGUGUUGUCGCAUGGGGGGCUGCUGGCAGGUCCGCGUGGCUCCGAUUGAGCUGCCGCGGCCGCCAGACUCCGCUCGGCGACGGCCACCGGCCGCCAGUGAGCCAGUCGCGGCUCGGCUCGGCUAGCAACCGGCUGUUAUCACGCGCGCACUCGUGCCACGCUCCCGCGAUGCAAAUUCACACAAACUGAUCGAAUAAUAUCAACUUCUCUAAUACCAUAAACCCAAACAAAUAGUUUUCACUAUAAUGGCAAGUGGAAAUUCAUGUAUUCUCGUUCUGUGACAGUUGGAUUGUGACCAGUGAUAACUUAUUUGUAUCGUAAAAUUUGAAUUAUUUUGGAGAAACGCCUAAACGCGAGUGGUGUGGAGUAAUACGCAAUGGUGAAGCAGUAGUGGACAGUGGCUCGUUGUGUGAUCGUCGAAAACACUUGACGUAAGGAUGGAGGCGGUGUGCGCGCGCGGCGACGCGGCGUGCGAGAUGCGCGCGCUGGCGGCCGCGCUGCAUUCCCUCAACCUGUACUGCGCGUCCAUCGCCGCCGCGCUCAUGUGUUGCUGUGCACCCAUACACAAACACUACAGGCCCCCAAAACGUUGGCGUGGACAAAACAUUCGUGGGAUAGCCAGCCUAGUGCUAGCCGUGGCGUGGUGCUGCGACGCGGCGGCGGCGGCGCUACGGCCGGCACACACGGUGCGCCUGGUAGCCGCGCUCAUGGCGCCCUGGUCCUGGCUGGCCGCCGCCGCCUUCCACGUAGCCCUCUGGACCCGCCGCUCAGCAGCACCCAUCCUCUACCUCGCUAUAUACUGGAUGCUGGCAACCAUAUCCGCUGCUUCAAUCCUCUGGCAACACUCAAUCGCCAACGCCUCAUCCACUCACAUAGAACUGUACCUUCAAGGCGUCUCAUUCCUGAUGACAUUACUGAUAGCUACAGUCGACUGCGUGUGCUUCUAUGAUGAGGUCACUAAACGCUUCAGAAACGAUCUGAAGUCGAGUGAGGCUCCUAAUAUUUGCUACCAACAUAACGACACGCAUUUUUAUUCGAAAGUAACAUUCUUCUGGUUAAAUCCUUUACUGUACAAAGGAUAUAAAUCUCCGUUAGAACCAGACUUCUUGGGAGAACUGCCCGACGAUGAACGAUCAAUAAAGUACUACAAGAAGUUUGUUAAAAUACAUCAAGAAAGAUCUAAAGUUUCAAAAGAAAGUAGCCCUAAUCUACUGACAUGUUAUAUUCGCGCAGUUUGGCCAAACUUCUAUAUAGCAGGAAUAUUGAAGCUCUUGGGCGAUUUGAUCGGCGUCGUGCCUCCACUAGGCUUGGCGAUUAUAAUUCAGUACAUCGAAGGGUACGGACACGACAGGAAUGAAUACGACCAAGACUCGCCAGUGACACUUGGAGAAUUUUUUAGCAGCGGAUACAUAAUGCUGGUCAUAACGACGAUAGCGCUAAUUAGCCAAGCAUUCCUGUCUCAGAACUCAACGCACUUAGUGACGGUUGAGGGCACAAGACUGAAGACGGCUUUACAAAGCUUGGUGUAUGAUAAGUGUAUGAGGCUCGCGCCCUGGACAUCCACUGACUCGAAUGACGACGAGGAGUCUCGUCUCCUGCAUGACACCGAGGACAGCAGCUCCACGCGGACUGGGCUCAUCACUAAUCUGGUUUCACAAGACACAUACAACAUCAUGUCAUGUGUCUGGAUCGUCCAUUAUAUUUGGGCCAUACCUUUAAAAGUAGCCGUAAUAUUAUAUUUACUGUACACUAAACUUGGAGUAAGUGCAAUAAUAGGCACCGUGGUGAGCGUGUUGGUAAUAACGCCGUUGCAGUUCUAUAUCGGAAAGAAAUUGUCGGACAAUUCCAAGGAAAUAUCAAAAUGUACGGAUCACAGGAUAUCGAAGAUGACAGAAAUACUUCAUGGAAUGGAUGUUAUUAAGCUAUACGUUUGGGAAGAUUUGUUUAAAGAGAAAAUUUUACAACUAAGAGAACUAGAAUUAAAACUUUUGAAUAAAGAUUCCGUUUACUGGAGCUUUUUAACUUUUUCUACACAAAUCUCUACAAUUUUGAUAACAGUUAUAACGUUUAGUGUGUACUACCUUGUCGACAAUAACACACCGCUAACAGCUACCAAUGUAUUCGCCGGCCUAGCUUUAUUCAACCAACUCACAGUUCCCCUCCUCAUUCUACCAGUCACGGUAAUGAUGGUGAUUCAAGCGAUGGUCAGUACCAACAGAAUUCGUGACUUCUUGGAACUUCCCGAAUCGAAUAAUGUUAGCGAAAUUAACUAUGAAGAUUCUAAGAAGCAAACAAGGGAUGAUCGGAAUGACGAAACCUUUAUUGAUAGGGAUGAAGUUGACAACAAUUAUAUUAUAAACAAAGAUGAUUCUGAUGGCGCGGAAGGUGUUGACCAAUUUUCUGAUGAGGAAAUUCAUAACGGAGUACCGAGAAUGGAAACAGCGGUUGCGUUUAAAAACGCAGCCUUCACGUGGGGGAAGAGAAGUGACAUGUUGCUUGAAGUUGAUGAUCUGGACAUUCCUGCUGGGAAAUUAAUCAUGGUAGUUGGCGCCACCGGAUCGGGGAAGUCAUCUCUCUUAUCUGCUAUCCUAGGAGAAAUGCAUCGUGAUAGGGGCGAAGUUUAUAACAAGUGCUCUUCGAUGUGGUAUGCGGGCCAGCCGCCAUGGCUGGUAGAGGGCUCCGUACGUAACAACAUUGUGAUGGACAGUCCGUGGUGCCAGAGAAAAUAUGGGCGCGUCUUGCGAGCGACUGGUUUGAGGCCCGACUUGCAGCUUUUACCAGAGGGUGACGGCACUCGGCUGGGCAGCCAGGGCGCGCCGCUGUCGGGCGGGCAGCGCGUGCGUGUGUGCGUGGCGCGCGCGCUGUACUCGGGCGCGCGGCUGCUGGCGCUGGACGAGCCGCUGGCCGCGCUGGACGCGCCGCUCGCUCGACACCUGGUGGCGCGCGCGCUCGUGCCCGCCGCGCGUGCUGGACGAACUGUCGUCGUUGCCACAAACAGACUUGAACUGUUACAUUAUGCUGAUUUGGUGAUAGCGAUGGAAGAAGGUCGCGUGUCAGGCGUUGGGCGGGGCGCGGCGUGUGAAGGCGCGCUGGCGCGGUGGGCGCGGUUGGCAGGCGAGGCGCGCGCCGCCGCGGCCCGCGCGGGAGCAGGCCCGCCCGGCGGCGCCGCGCGCGAGCGUUCCCGCCUCAUGCGCGCGCUCAGCCGCGCCAGGUUCCAGCGGGCUAACUCUGAUGAGACUACGGUGGAUAUAAACGAAACCGCAGGCGCGCACCUGCUGUCCGAGGUCCCAACGUGUGCGGGCGGCAGCUGGAGACGCCGUACCUCGCCGCGGCCGCGACCCGCACUCAGCAGGCAGCUGUCCUCACCCCCACUCUCCAUGUAUAACUCCAAAUGGCGUCCAGAUGUGCGUCGUGCUGUGAGCGCUGACGAGUCGAACGCGGCCUUGCAGCGGGAGGCCAGCUUCCUCCGGCGGCUGCUGAGGCCCAGAGCUCCGAGGAACAUCAACAGAUGGACACCAAAAACAUUACGACGUCUUAUAAGCACUGACUCAGAAGGUGCUUCUGAGGAUAAUCAAAACAACGAUGUUGUUGACGAUUCCACCGGGGACACGACGCCGUAUAACUCACUGACCUCGAAUGGCGGUGAAACGAAUAACACCAUCGUUUCGGACACCUACUCGAACACUUCACAGAAAUCGGAGGAAGCUGUUAGUGAGAGUGCAAUAUGGUGGGAAUACGCCCGAGCAUGUCGCUGGUGGGGCGGCGCGUACUGGGCGGCGGCGGUGGCUGCGCAGGCGCUGGCCCUGGCUGCAGACUGCUGGCUCACCAACAUCACCAAGCAGAGCUCGAGUACUGAGCAAGUGGAAGAUAAUAUGUGGGUAGGCGUGAGCACGUACGCCGCGUGGUGUGGCGGCGGCGCGCUGGCGGCGGGCGCGGCGCAGGCGGCGUGCGCGUGCGCGGCAUCCAAGGCGCGGCGCGUGCUGCACGAGCGGCUGCUGCACGCCACGCUGCGCGCGCCGCCGCACUACCUGCGCAGCGCGCCGCUCGGGGCCACGCUGCACCGGUUCUCAGCUGAUAUAUUAGUUAUAGACAAGAAACUGCCGACUGCGAUCAGUCGCUGGGCGCAGCUCGCGUUACUCUGUGCGGCGGCCAUGCUGGUGAACGCAGUCAUUGCUCCGUGGAGCCUGCUGGCCUCCAUCCCGGCACUGCUGCUCUACCUCACACUGCAGUCGGUCUAUCUGUGUAAUGCUAGGGAGUUGCAAUGCGCGGAAGCCCGCAGCGCGGCAGGCGUGGUCUCGCUCUGCGCGCAGACCUGCACUGGCGGGAGCACCAUCCGCGCCGGCCGCCUGCAACCACGCUUACGCGCCGCCUUCUUGCGUAGCCUCGACAACAACCAUAACACGCUACUUCUGCUGAAUUCGGCCAACAGAUGGCUUGGACUCGCUCUGGACUUGGUGGGUGCUGCAUGUGUAUGCGUAGUGCUGGGUGCUUGCCUGAGCGAGGGCGGGGGCGCGGUGGCCGGCCUGGGCGGCGCGUACGCCCUGCUGCUGCCUGCAUAUCUGGCGCAUCUCGCCAAGUGCCGCUCCGAUCUGCAUCUUCAGCUAGCUGCACUGGAGCGAGUACAUGAUGACACUAAUGUUCCCCAAGAGGACUAUAGAGACGACUGCCCAAUUCCGGCAGGAUGGCAAAGAAAUGGUAAAAUCGAAUUUGAGAAUGUCAGCAUCCAGCAUGAACCAACUUCGACACCGAUACUUAAAAACAUUAACCUACAAAUAUCUCCUGGAGAAAAGGUAGCAAUUUGCGGUCGCAGUGGCAGUGGUAAAUCUACUUUACUGCUGACCUGUGCUGGAGCGACGACAAUAAGUAGCGGUCGCGUGCUAAUUGACGGCGAGGACAUCACGCGAGUCCCUCUGCGGGCUCUCAGACACCGUGUGGUGCUAGUGCCGCAGGACCCCGCCAUGUUCUCCGGCACGCUGAGAGAGAACCUCGACCCGUUGGCAGUGCACACCGAUGAGGAGAUAUGGCACAGUCUUAGAGCUGUUGGACUCUUCGACUAUGUUUCUGCGCAGCCAGCUGGAUUAGAGUGCAGCGUGUGCAGUAGGUCAGGCUGCUCCGGCUGGAGCGCGGGGCGCGCGGGUCGCGUGGCGGCGGCUCGCGCGGCGCUGCACGCGCGGCUGGCGGGCGCGCUGCUGCUGGACGAGCCAGCCGCCGCGCUCGAUGCCUCCGCGGAGCGGGCGCUGCUGGCCGCACUAGCCGCGGUUGCACCUCAUACUACUAUUAUCACUGUUGCGCACCGCAUAUCGUCAGUCCGCGGUUACGGCCGCGGCGUGGUGCUGGACAACGGCUGCGCGGUGGAGCAGGGAGCGGUCAGUGCUCUGCUGGCGCAGCCCACCUCGCGACUAGCGCGCAUGCUCGCCGCCGCACAGAGAGUUAAUUAAUCAUUAGUAACUAGACUUGACAGAAAACCAUUCUUGAAGUAGUCUUAAACUCCAGUUAGGAAGGGACGAGAGAAUCUUAUUUCAUGUUGGAUAACUAUUCAACUUCAUGUUAACUCCCGAUUCAAAAAAGGAGUUUUAAAUGUUUUUGUCGUCGAUCCUCGAAAAUGAAUUAACUGUGUUGGACUUUGUAAAAGGGAAUUUUCUUCUCUUUCUUUGACAAUUUUCAAGAAAUCUUUCCAGAUUUUGAGCCCUUUCAGAGUAAGAAUUUUUAUAUUUAAUUAAAAUUCUUGAAAUGACGAUGACACAAUGUCUGAAACUAUAUACCUACGCUUAUUUCAGAUGUUUUCAGUUUCCUUGACUUUCUGAAACUGAUAUUAAUAUAAAUACCUUCUGACGGUGUUGCACGGAUCUGAUAAAAUAACUUGAAUUGUCUGUUAGACAUUUUCUUUGUACAAACAUGUAUAGAUGUUCUUAAGUUCACAUUUCUGA